UUCUUACUUUCAGCUUCCUCAUCUGAAAAAUGAGGUUGCUGCUGCUAACCAUAUCAAACUCAUGGGGAUUAAAUCUGAUAAUUCCCCAUCUCCGUUAAUAGCAUGCCUGAUAUAUAGUAAGCCCUCAGUAAAUAUCGGCUAUUAUAACUCUCUCCUCAGUCAUUCCUUUUUUAUGUUAAAAUUGCUCUCAUGAGUUAAACCCUGUUUAAUUUACACUGUCUCUUCAUGGCAUCAGUCAUGUGGCUGUUGUCUAACAACAAAAAUCCCAAUAUUUUGUCCUCUCCUCAUGGUCUUGUUGUUUUCGCUUGUUCUUAUUUUAGUUGCCUGCAUCUCAAAUCUUUUUCUGGCUACACUGUGUUUUUCCUUAGCUUACUGGGCAUCAGUAUUUCAGACAGGGUGGGCCAUAGGUGUUGACCAUAGCUGUGUUUUACUUUUAAACAGUGACGAGACUUCCUUCCUCCAAACUACCCACCCUCCCUGUCCCGUGCUGUGCUGGAAGGAUUGAGCUGGAAGAAGCUUUGCUGGUUGUUUAGCCCAGUGCUUUUGUGCUGCAAAGCAGAAGGUUAGAGUCUGAGUCUACAGCUCUUCCAGAUGAUGGACAUUUUUUUGUAAAUCUUGCAAGAUAUUUUAUUUCUCCACAGAGGAUAAAUCACAGAGUACAAUAAAAAAUGGGUUACUAAAUUUGGGCUUUAGAAAAUUUCAGGAAAUUCUUAUAUUUAUGAUUGAGAAGCUAAUCUUGAAUUAUAAGGUAUGUAGUUGUAUUUUGUUGGGAAAUGUGAGGAAAAUUCAUGUGUAGCUCUUUUUUCUUCCAUAUAUAUCUGUGCUGGUUUUGAUAUGCUGACCCCUCGCCCUCUUGUUUCUCUCUUUAUUAUUUGAACAUCCUGCAGUGUUGCUCAAAUCCACCCCUCAUUUGGUUGUUCCUACUCAUUACAUUCGUUCAAGUUCUCAUUACCAUUUAUCUUUACCAUUGCAGGAACUUUCUGUUUUGCCUUCCUGCAUUAUUGCCAUACCUCCUAACCUGUACCAAAUCUGCUGCCAUAGAUAAUCCUAUCCCCCCGCAUGCAAACCUAUUCACAUCAUUUUCCUCUAGCUAUAAUCUAUCUAGUGAUAGAGAAUUGUCCUAUUGAUAAUGGAAAAAACAGGAAGGCUGAUGGAUGCCUGAUCAUUUUUGAGGGGGAAAAAUGCAUAUUUUGUUAGGGGAGGAAGGUCUGAAUUCCUCUGUUAGAGACUCUCAUGCCAGCAGGUUAAACUCUACAAAGAGGCAUCUAUCCAUGCCUUAUAGUACUGGGAGUAUGGGAAAAUCUCCUUGUUAAGUCUGGUCCACUCAUAUAUCUUUCUUUGGCAGUAUCUUAAAUCAAUUAAAGAUUUGUUCCUUUAAUAUUUCAUUUUGUCUUCCGUUAUAUACAAAUGUCCUUAGAAUAGGGUAGUAUAUUAAUUUUCAUAAAUCUUAUAUAAACCAGUUUAUUGAGAUUUAUUUCCUUAGAUUUUGUUUAAGAAAGAAAAGGCAGGUAAGGGUAGAGAAUGUAAUACUGAAAUAUGAGAAGGGAAAGGACAUAGAUGAGGAGAGAAAAGAUGAAGAAAAUAAAAUUUAUGACCUAGCAUUGAUCUAAGGGCUGGCCUCAUCUUUAACUUUAACAUCCUUUCAGUGGGCCCAUUCCUUUUCGCCAUCUUUUCUAUGAGAAUUUGUUUUUAGAAAUAAAGUUCAUCUAGUUAAAUAAUGAAUCUGUAAAUUCUGUGAACUGGAUACUUCAGUAGUCAUGUAGAUUAAAAGUCAUCCUCACAAUUCAUAAGUACAAAUAAUUAUAUGUCAUAUUUGAUUGGAAAUAUUUCUGAUACUUUUAUUUAUUUUUUAAUAUAAAUAAAAUAACUAUUAUAAAAUAAGAUUUUAUUUAUUUAUUUGACAGACGGAGAUAACAAGUAGGCAGAGAGGCAGGCAGAGAGAGAGAGGAGGAAGCAGGCUCCCUUGCUGAGUGGAGAGCCCAAUGCGAUGCGGGGCUCCAUCCCAGGACUCUGGGAUCAUGACCUGAGCUGAAGGCAGAGGCUUUAACCCACUGAACCACCCAGGGCCCUGAAAAUAUUUAUUUUUGUGUAAUGGAUGUCUGGCCUGCUUUAUGAUUGUUCUCUAAGCCAAAGGAUUUCCUUUUAUGAGUAUUUACCCUACAUGUCUAUCUGCUUUUUACAUUCCAGUGAAAUAAAUUAAAAUGAAGAGAAUGUACAUUGAAAACAUUUUAUCUGCUGAGAGCCACAAGUUCAAAAGAAUUUUUCUUUUAUUCCAGUUUUGAUCAAAUUUGUUCUUUUAAAAACUGUUGUUGUAAAAAUAUAUAUACACACACAGGUUGAAAAUGGUGAUAUAAAUGUAUUCAGUUAAUAGAGUUGUGGAUUAGAUACUCAAUUUUAUUUGCCUGGUUCCCAGCCUAGCACAUACUGGGCACUCAGUAAAUAUUUAUGGGGUAUAAUUUAAUACAUUAAAGAUGCAUGUAAUUAAUGUAAUUAAAAUUACAUUAAAGUCUACAGUAUAAUAUCUAUGACCAUGAAAUUCUAAAUCCAUUCAGAAGCAAUAUCCUGACAUAAUAUUUUGAAAGGAUGAAUAAAUUUCUCAAAAGCCAUUAAUUUCCUUGUUUUCUGUAUAUUGGUAGAAUUAUUUAACUCAAUAAAAUAGGCAACCACCAUUUUAACACCUCUGCAUUUGAAAAUCUGCCUCUCGUGCUUAACUGAAUCUCUCAGUUUUAUAUAUGUGUGUAUUUUAUUAUUAAGAGUAGUUAUAGUCAAAAUUACAGGUAUCCCUGCUUUUCAAAAAUUUGUGUUCUGCCUCUCUGCUUUUUCAAAGGACCUAUCUGUUUUCACUAAUUGAAAGAAAUCCAAAGAGGAUUUUUGCUUUUACAAAGGAAGAAAAAAAAAAGACCCAAAAGCAAAAAUAGCAGCCAGCAUUUGUUGUGUGUUGAGCAGAGGCUGUGCACAUCCGGACGGGCCACAGCAGCCCCACAGCCCUUCGGGGCGAGCUGAGCUCUCCAUCUUGCCAUCAAACCACCAAAGCUUUGAACUGUGUCUGUGAACAUCUGUGUUUUGUCUCCAUUUAUUUUGUGCAUCUUUUGGCAAGUUGUGUCCUAAGAAAAACCUUGAUUUUAGUCAGAUACUUCAUUGCUCAUCAAAGGAAACCAUACGUGAAGUGAAAGUCUAACGUGUGAAGAUACAGAAACUGCUUUGGUUGAUUCAAAAUGGGAACAACAAGUGAUGAGAUGGUGUCUGUGGAGCAGACCUCCUCCUCCUCCUUCAAUCCUCUGUGUUUUGAAUGUGGCCAGCAGCACUGGACAAGAGAGAACCAUUUAUACAAUUACCAGAAUGAAGUAGAUGACGACCUGGUCUGCCAUAUUUGCCUUCAGCUUCUGUUGCAGCCACUAGACACCCCCUGUGGACACACGUGCUGCUGCAAGUGCCUCAAAAACUUCUUACAGGAGAAGGAUUUUUGUCCAUUGGACCGGAAAAGACUCCACUUUAAGUUGUGUAAGAAGUCCAGUAUUCUAGUUCAUAAGCUUCUGGACAAAUUAUUAGUGUUAUGUCCAUUUUCUUCAGUGUGCCAAGAUGUCAUGCAACGCUGUGAUCUGGAGGCACAUCUUAAAAACAGAUGUCCUGGAGCUUCUCAUCAGAGACUUGCCCUAGAAAGGAGGAAAACUGAUAAAGCUCAGACAGAGAUUGAGAAUGAAAAUGGAACCACUGUAAUAGAUCUUCCAGGUACUUUAUCCUUCGAAACGGACUGUUCAGGGACAGGCACAGCGCCUACUGAGCACAGCUUGAUAUCAGCGUCUCUGCCCCCGUGGCCUGAGGAGCUUGGCCUGGACAACCCCGCCUUCGAGGAGAACACGGCCACUGACACUACGCAACAGCCAGUUAGUUUACCGGAAGGCGAAAUUACUACAAUUGAAAUUCACCGGUCUGAUCCUUAUAUUCAGCUAGGAAUUAGCAUUGUGGGCGACAAUGAAACGCCACUGAUCAACAUUGUUAUCCAGGAAGUCUAUCGGGAUGGGGUGAUCGCCAAAGAUGGAAGACUUCUUGCUGGAGACCAAAUUCUUCAGGUCAACAACUGUAACACCAGCAAUGUGUCUCACAACUAUGCCAGAGUCACCCUUUGCCAGCCCUGGACCACGCUGCACCUGACUGUGCCGCGAGAGCGGUGCUUUGGGGGCCAGACCUACAGCCACCCCGACAGUAGCUCUCCCCGGGAAGAGGUCUUCCACGUGGUUUUUCCCAAACGGGACUCUGGUGAACAACUUGACAUUAAACUCAUUCGAAGGACUGAUGAACCAGGUGUUUUUAUCCUUGAUCUGUUGGAAGAGGGCCUGGUUGCACAGGAUGGAAGGCUGAGCAGCAAUGACCGAGUGCUCGCCAUCAAUGGACACGACCUGAAGCACGGAACCCCUGAGCUUACCACCCAGAUCAUUCAGGCUAGUGGUGAGAGGGUGGAUUUAACAAUUGCUAGGCCAGGGAAAUCCCAGCCUGGUAACCCUCUCCGAGACACAGGAGCACAGAGUAGCAGCCAGCACCAUGCACAGCCGCUGUACCACAACAGACCCAGCUCACACAAGGAUCUUACCCAGUGUGUUACAUGCCAAGAAAAACACAUUACUGUAAAGAAGGAACCACCUGAGUCCCUGGGAAUGACAGUGCCAGGGGGCAGAGGAAGCAAGAGUGGUGAACUGCCCAUCUUUGUAACCAGUGUGCCAGCUCAUGGCUGUCUGGCACGUGAUGGCCGCAUCAAGAGAGAUGAUAUAUUGCUGAAUAUCAAUGGCAUUGAUUUGACCAAUUUAAGCCACAGUGAGGCCUUUGCUAUGCUAAAAGCCAGUGCCAUGUCCCCUGCUGUUGUCCUGAAAGCACUUGAGGUCCAAAUUGUGGAGGAGGCAGCCCAGGCUACCAAAGAGCAGCCAGGCACCUUCAGCGAGAAUGAGUAUGACUCCAGCUGGUCCCCGUCGUGGGUCAUGUGGCUUGGGCUUCCAAGUGCCCUUCAUAGCUGCCAUGAUAUUGUUUUACGAAGAAGCUACUUGGGAAGUUGGGGCUUUAGUAUUGUUGGUGGAUAUGAAGAGAACCACACCAAUCAGCCUUUCUUCAUUAAAACCAUCGUCUUGGGAACUCCUGCUUAUUCUGAUGGAAGAUUAAAAUGUGGAGACAUGAUUGUAGCGGUCAAUGGCCUGUCAACCAUGGGCAUGAGCCAUUCUGCACUAGUGCCCAUGUUGAAGGAGCAGCGGAACAAAGUCACUCUGACAGUUAUUUGCUGGCCUGGAAGCCUGGUGUAGGUUUUGAAAUCAGUUUUGAAUCUGACUGUCUUCCUUUUGAAGCUUUGGAAAGAAACUCCUUUUGUUGGAUUGUGUUUCCAGUUGGAAGCCACAGGCACAACUGGUAUUUGUAGGACCCAAACCACUGAGAUUGUCCUGUUGUUAUUAGUAGAAGGGUUUUCUUCAAGUUAGGCACGUUUCUUUUAGCUUGGGAACAGUCUUCCACUAAGCCUCGUAAGUUCAUAUUUUCAAAAAUGAGACUCUCCGUUGUCAGAAUGGGACCUACUAUAACGCAAGAAGUGUGUGCAGAUGGCGACUGAGCCAGCUGGAUUAGAGAACUUGGGGCAGUCCUUUGUUUCCCCUAACCGAGUCAUAGGAUGAGUUCCACACCCCAGUGCUGGGGCCGUUGCACUCCGCAGUGGUGGCAUUCACUGCCCCUGUUGCAGCCAGUGCCACAAAUGGGUAUAGACAUCUUCCGUGAAGCUAGCAGCCCUUCCCCAUUCCCCCUCCCCCCGUCAGUGCCAACAUUUCAAAAGUUCUCACUGUUUAUAAAACGAUUUUUCUGACUUGUUUGACUUCUCAUUUAAUCUCUUAGUACUCGUAGAUGAUGAAGACAGAAGUCUGACACUACUAAAGAGCUUUUCAAAAAAUAAUGUACCAUUAAUUAGAAUACCAGAUAAUCAAAGAUCAUGUUUUCCAUUGACAAAGGCAUUUGGGAGGUAAUUAUAAUUUAGUGCUGGAGAUGGUAAAAGUCACACUUAUUGCAGAAUGCCAAAAGCAUUAAAGAUUCCGUUCCAAAGGAAUGUUUUGUUAUGCAGGGAAAUUUUGAAGCCGUUUUUGCUAAAAUUCAUUUUCUAGAGUUUGUAUUAUACUUAUCAGCAGUCUUGGCUGGACGUGCUUUUUUGUGAUUUAUGCAGUUAAACUAAAGAUCAAGCCGUGUUGCUAUUCCACACACCUUCAACUAUAUUGCAGCUCAGUGUAGGAGAAGGUAGACCUUUUGUAUUUCAUUCCAAGAAGAGCCUUCAGUGUUCUAGAAGUCCUUAUUUUUUCCCCAUUAUUUCUUGUGAACUUAAUUAUUUCAAGAAAAAGACUGAAGAGUCCUGGAUUUUUAUCUAAAAUAGUAGGUUUUAGAUGUUAAUAUCUUUCAGUCAUUUCUUGGUCACUAGGCUAUUUCUUAUUUUUCUAAAUGUUUUUGAAAACUACAACCAGCCCGUUUUGUUAGUCCUUCAUUCCACUUGAUUGUCCUUUGGAAGAACGCAUAAAGAAGCAAGUGAGAUCAGAGUUUCCGUACUUUCUUAAUAUUAUGCAUACUUGAAAAGAGUUCACUUAGAAACCUAGUUCAGAAUCUGAGCUCAUUUACAAGUGACCUCUGUCGUAAAUGGUAUUGAUUAUCACAGAAUGUAUUUCAAAAAUACUACAGUAUAUUAUGAAGCAUGACCACUUUGUUUUCAAACUAGCAAUUGCAUUGCUAGGAUUUACUGUGUCUCUAGCAUGUCACCGAUUAUUCCUAUUAGUUUUUUAGUGAGUUUGUUUUAAACUAUCACUUGUGAAUAAGAAAUAGCAACAGUAAUUGCUACUGAUUUGUUCAACCCUUUAGCUACACUGUAUGGUCAACAUAUAACCGAGAUACAGUGGGAUGCCCCAUACAGUAUAUUACUGUUAUGUGAUGAUUGGCUUUUGAAGCAAUUUGGUAUUGAAAUGCUUUGAUAUUCUAAUUGACACGGAACAAGUUUGUUUGUUUGUUUGUUUGUUUGUUUUCCUGCUCCCCAAAUAGAAUUUUAUAUCCUACUUUGCUAUUUUUUUAAACAUUUUGUAAGAAUGUGUCAUUUCUUGGGGUGUGGCCAUCCACCGACAAAUAUCCUAAUGGCUACUUUGUUAUAUGUAAAAUACUUACAUUGAACCUGGGGAUAUAAUUAGUAUUUUGAAGAAGACACUUUUUUUUGACAUUAUUUUUAUCAUGGAAAUCUCAGACUCAGCUUCAACUCAUUUGGUUUUAUUAUAAAACAUGAUAGUUUUUGGUCAGAAUGAUAUUUGAUGAUGGAAACUUGUUCAUAAUUUAUUGUUACUGUUGAAAUAUUUGAAUUUUCUCAUCUUAAGCAUAAAUAGUUCAAAUAUUUUGAUUUGUUCUGUGCCUUCAGUUUACAUUAUUCCAGGAUUUUUCAAAU